AUGGCCUCACGACCUCAGAACAUUGGCAUCAAAGCCAUCGAGAUCUACUUCCCGAAUCAAUGCGUUGAUCAAGCCGAGUUGGAAAAGUUCGAUGGCGUGGCCGCUGGCAAAUACACGAUCGGUCUCGGCCAGACCAAAAUGGCGUUCUGUGAUGACCGAGAAGACAUCUAUUCGAUCGCCCUUACCACAUUGACGAAGCUCAUCUCGAAGUACUCCAUCGAUCUGAAGACGAUUGGCCGUAUGGAAGUGGGCACCGAAACCAUGCUGGACAAGAGCAAAAGUGUGAAAUCCGUCUUGAUGCAGUUGUUCAAGGAGUCCGGCAACUUCAACGUUGAAGGCGUGGAUUCUUACAAUGCUUGCUAUGGUGGUACCAACGCAGUUUUCAGCAGCUUGAACUGGAUCGAGUCCUCAGCGUGGGAUGGACGAGAUGCCAUCGUACUGGCUGGCGACAUUGCUCUUUACAAGAAGGGCAACGCUCGUCCAACUGGCGGUGCCGGCUGUGUGGCCAUGCUCAUCGGUCCCGACGCGCCGCUCGCUUUCGAAGCCGGGCUGCGAGGAUCGUACAUUACUCACGCCUAUGAUUUUUACAAGCCCGACCUGACCAGCGAGUAUCCUUAUGUCGAUGGCCACUUUUCGCUGAGAUGCUACACCGAAGCCGUCGAUGCGUGUUACAAAGCAUAUAAUGCCCGAGAGAGGACCCUGAAAGCCCAGGCAAACGGUGCGGCAGCCAAUGGUCACGCGAACGGAAACGGCGCCCACAGGGAAGAUGGGGAGCAAGCUCCUUUGGACAGAUUCGACUACAUGGCAUUCCAUGCUCCAACAUGCAAGCUUGUUUCCAAAUCAUACGCCCGCCUGCUGUAUAAUGAUUUCCUCGAGGAUCCCGGUCACCCUCUCUUCAAAGACGUCGCACCUGAACUCCGAGAUGUUGACUACGAGGCAUCUUUGAGCGACAAGAACAUUGAAAAGACCUUCAUGGCACUGACCAAGAAGCGAUUUGCCGAGCGAGUUCAUCCGGCUAUCCAGGUCGCCACGAUGUGCGGAAACAUGUACUGCGGUAGUGUCUAUGGUGGCCUUGUGGGGUUGUUGAGCAAUAUCCCUCCGAAAACAUUGCACGGCAAGCGGAUCGGUGUCUUCAGCUACGGGAGCGGUCUGGCUAGCUCCAUGUUCAGCUUGAAGGUGGUUGGCGACACUACGGAAAUGCUCGAGAAGCUCAAUUUGCAGGAAAGACUUGACGCUCGCCGAGUUGUGCCCCCGGAGGUGUACGAUGAAAUGUGUAUGCUGCGAGAGAAGGCUCAUCUCAAGAAGGACUUCAAACCAGUGGGCGACGUGGAGCACUUGCUGCCGGGGACAUACUACCUGACCGAGGUUGACGACAUGUUCCGCAGGAAGUAUGAGAUCAAGGCAUGA